AUGUAAACUUAAGCCUAAAAGAGGAUAUGGAUUACAAUGCUUUAUUUAUAUUAUGAACUUACUGCGCAAGUACAGAGGUACAGUAGUCCUAUAACAAUAAUGGUAAUAAUCUUUGUCUUCAAAGUUGUUCACAGCAGCUUCACAUAUUCUGAUCUUUUAAGCCAUGUUUUGCCUGCCACUGGCCCUAGAAAUAGAUUGUAUGCUUUGGGCUUCUGUCAACAAGCAUAGCUUAGGGGUCAUCAGAAAUAUAUACAGGUAUAUAUUUUCUCAUGCAGAAUGCACUGCUUUAUAUGUUGCCAUGAAAUGUUAAUCUGAAUUAUUAUUCAGCCUUGCAUUAUAAUGUUUUAUUGUAUAUUGAAAGUUGGUCCCUAAGCUAAGGGCAUCUUUAGAGGCACAAAUCUCCACUGCUAAAGUGUCUUGGUGGCCUUGGGCUGGUAAAAAAAGCAAAUUUCUAGACUAAUUCUUUGUGAGCUUUAGUUCUUCCUUAAAUAGAGUAUCGUAACAUGCAAAUUCAAGUACGGCUUAUGAAUGCAAAGGACAAUUUGAUAAAAAAACACAUAGGAAGGAAGACAGGAGCUGUGAGGUUUGCUAUCAGUUUCCGAUGUAUGCCAGAUAGCACAUGCAAAGUUUUUCUCUCACUUUUUUAACACUAGGGUUCCAAACAGCCAACAGCCGAUAGUGGGACUUGUUGUAUAUCAAAUAUUGGCGUGCCCAUCUUGAAGAAUCCUGAUUUGCAUUUUAUACUUUGCAGCACAUUGCUAAAUGAAGGAAAAAUGUCAGACUAGGUGUUAGGCAAGUGGGACAUAGCUCAUGCCUGUGUAGCCCUGGGUUGAAAUGCUGUUCUGAAUGUGUUUUUAUACGCACACUAACAUGGAGUGAUUAUGUUAGAAACACAUGCUGAAUUAGAAAGGGGUGGAGAGAGAGGAGGAGAUAUAACAAUAAAAGAGGAGGUGGCAAGCCAUGAGGGAGAAUCACAAAUUCAGAACAUAGAGAACAAGACACUGCAUGGGAGAGAGCAGUGAAGUUCAUUUCAUUUUGAUGGCACUGUUCAUGUACUGAAAGCAGCAACUGAAGAAACUGAUUGAAAAGCAAAACUGAAUUGAUUAACUGCUGCACAAAAGCUCUACAUAACUAGUGCAAGAAAGUCAGCACUGUACGGGGCUGCAGAGGAAAGGGUACUUCAGUGGCAAUACGCUACAACUACAAUAAGAUUGUGGAAGCACACGCCAUAAAAGAAAAGGUAUGGUAUUGAAGUAGGUACAUUUAAUUUGUCAAAUAAAAGGGAUAUCCUCAGAAAAUGCAACUGUACAAGGGGUGCCAGGAAGAGAGCAAGGCAAAAAGAGAAAGGAGUAUAAUAAACAUAAGAGUGUGGUGUAAAAAAGAAAUCUCAAAAUCUAAGGGAAGGGGAGAAAGACUAGUAAGAUGGGCAGAAGUGUCAAGGAAACAGAAGGAGGAGUGAUAUACUGAAAUGAUGGGAGAAAAGAGAACGAAAGUAAAGAAAAGGAAAUGAAUGGACAAACUAUAGAAAAGGCAGAGGAAGGGAAAAGGGAGUAAAAGGGGACAAGAAUCGUGUAAUUGGCAGAAAGGAAACAAUUAAGCAGCUGAGAAUAGAAAAGUUGAGAAAACAGAGGAACCGACUGGGAAAAAAAGGUCAAGAAGUGGUAGAAAUGAGAAAUUUAAAUAGGAUCUAAACUCAAACAAAAUAAAUUAAUAUAAACUUACAUGUUUCUUUAUGCACCGUUGCAAGUUACUUUUAAGUUCUGUUUUAGCCAUUUUACACUGCUAGUACCAGAAUUUUGGCUGUAUUAGUCAGAGACUCAUCAAACCUCCGGUUAACUGACCAUACAGGAAUAGCAUAGAAAUUAAGGGUGCUGACAAUCUGAUUUUAAACACUUAGAACUUGCUAAAAGCAGCCUACAAGUCUCUCAAACUGCUUAUACAGUGACUCAACAAAUUAGUAUACACUGCAAAAAUGCUCAGAGGACCACUCUUAGCUUAGAUCAAUUAAUUUUUUGGUUUAGAUCUAGAGGAUCUAGAUUUAGAGGAAGAGGAAUGGGGAACAGAGUAAUGGAAGGUGUAACAGAGAAGCCAGGAGAGGACAGAGAGGAGGGAGAAAGUUGAAAAAAAACCAAAAGUAUACAGACUAUAUAACAACUGUGCAAGUAAUGAAUGCAUGUACUCAACCAGUGGGUGGAUUUAAAUGCAUUCUCUUUACAAACAGGUAUACCAAAUAUUGACAAUUUAAGCAUGAAAUCUCCACUUUGUGAGAAAGGUCCACCAAAUCCAGAGAGAAAGAAUCUGACAAAAAAUGAGACUGAAAGCCAGCCCAACAAGGCCCAGACACGAGUGGACAGCGAAAAGGAUUCUGGGUAUUCAGACAGCAGUUCAGAAAGCACAGGCUCUGAAGAGACCAAGAGUGGAACAGCAAUUAUAAAAGUCUCAGAUAUUUCACAAGUGACUACACCGGCACAGACAACAUAUACUCCCAUCUACAUAGUGCAGAAUAUUGUAUUAAAACAGCCAAGGCUUCUUAUUCUGCAGACCCCCAUCCGACGUCACCGCAAACGCCCAAUACAUUCUUCUUAUCUUCCCAUUCUUCAAUCUUAUCCUCGGAUUGCACCCAAGGCGGCCCUUCCUCCAACACCAAUUAGUCCCCCAUCUUCCACUCCAGAUACUUCAACAAACAAUCAACCAACAUUGUCCCUACUUGAGAUUUCCCUACGAUCCCUUGCUCUCCUGCGCAGAAACCAGGAGACUCAACGCUCUAUCAGGCAGUUACGAGCUCAUACCAGACUGUAUGACCUAGCAUUACGAGGGGAAGAGGGUGGGUGGGAGCGGCUAUGUAGAGCAAUGGAGAGGAGUGGGGGUUACAAGAAGUACUUAACAUCGAGUGCAACUAUAACAUUACCAAAAGAACUGACAAAUAACAACCACAACUUAACAUUAAGAGACAAUACUAUUAUGCCAGUGCUGAGAAAUACAACUUCUUCAGAAAAGCCUACUGUGUCCGAAGAACCAGCAAUAUCUAAUAGGACUGAAGGGGACUCACAAAGAAACUAUUCAUUCAUGAAUGUCAGUUGAGUAACUAUAAGUAACUGUGCCCUACAGAAAGGUCUAUGGGGGUCUCCCUAAACUUCUGAAUGAUGUUUUGCACCCACAUAUUGAAACUGCAGGAUCUGUUUUCCUUAUUUUUACACCUAUGUAUACUAUUAUAUAUUUGUUGUUUACUUUUUUAUCUUCAGUGUAUCAAGACAAUACAUGGGGCUGAGCCUCAAGUAUCAGUGUUUAUGUUAAAUUAAGUAUUUUAUAGAAAAUAAAACUUUAUUUUGACAUUA